GUGAAAGAUGGGUAGAAAUCUUAGUCCAAUACUUCAGCGAGAGCUGGAAAAUCUUGACAAGGAUGCUAAUAGUUGUAAAUCAGCAAUGAGAGCUCUUAAAUCAUAUGUGAGAGACCUAGAUUCAACAGCAAUACCAAUCUUCCUUGCACAAGUAUCUGAGACCAAAGAAACUGGAUCCGUAUCUGGGGGAUACACCAUUUCACUUUAUGAGGUUCUUGCCCGUUUGCAUGGUGUGAAGAUUGUUCCUCAGAUUGGCAUCAUUAUGUCAACCAUUAUCAAGACACUAGCUUCAAGCGCAGAUUCUUUUCCUCUUCGACAGGCAUGCUCAAAGGUGUUCCCUGCAAUUGCAAGAUACGGAAUUGGUCCAACCACACCAGAAGAUAAGAGGAGGCACAUAAUUCAUUCUCUCUGAAAGCCUCUUUCAGAUUCUCUCCUAGGAUCUCCAGAAAGCCUAACUUCAGGGUCUGCUCUUUGCUUGAAGGCCCUUGUAGAAUGUGAUAAUUGGCGGUUUGCUUCAAAUGAGAUGGUUAACAAGUUUCAACCACUCAGGUUUCUCAUAAUAUGGGAUAUGACUGUAGGAGUGUGAACUGGAAGCUCUGGAGUUAUGAAAAUGGAGUGGAUGUAUCCCUCAGGGAUGGUUUGUUCCAUGAGGUAACUGGGGUUAUUCCUCUCUAUGACUCACCUUCUGAGCACCAUGAAUAUACUGGUAAUGGAGAAGAAAACACAGAUGAAUUUUCAGGGUUCUUGCAGAGAAGUCCUAGAAAUGGACCUCUGAGAAGUACCACUCCCAGUCCUCAGAGGUCACGAUGUCACAUUAACGUUGAUGACAUUAACAUCUUCACUACUCCAAGGAAGCUAAUUCACCCACUUCAGGACCCUAAUAUUGUUAAGUCAGACUUCUCUGAAAAACAAACAAGGAGGUUCAGAAGUCUAUCCUCCGGAAGAUUCCAAUCCCGCCCAUCCCCAAGGCAAAAUGGUUUUCAACAUGAUCUGAUGCAUGAGGUUAACAGGAAGGAAAGUUUAUGUAAUAAUGCUGAGCAAUAUGAAGGUGUCUCUGAAUCUGUAUCAUCAACAGAUAGUCCUGCUGAUGGUAAUCUGCAAGAGUUUCUUGAAGUAGUUCCCGUUAUUAAAACUGAAAUUCUGAA